GACACGUUUGGCCCCACCACCGAUGCAUGUGCUAUACGACAUCCACCGCCGCUGGGCUUCCUGCGAGUGCGCUUGGAGGGUGUCAGCUCCACCUCUGCGCUGCCCGGUUCCCUGUACCUCGAGGCGAUGAUCGGCUGCAGCUCCUGGAAGAGUUCAAUCAGCCGGGCUCGGCCUGACCCCAACCACGCGGAGUGGCCGGACGAUGCUGCCGAGGACUUCGCUGUGCACUCCCAAGACCAGUCCAUCCGGUUACGGCUCUACUCCAGUGGCAGCUUCGGAGCAGUCCUGCUGGGAACUGCGCGGGUCUUCAUCCACGACCUCGAAGCUGGCCGGGUAGAGGUGCCCCUCGUGGAUGCCGGGACGGAGGACACAGCUGAGACACGCUCCGUUGAGUUAGAGCUCCUUUGGUCUCCGCUAAAGGAGGAGCCACCGGCCAAAGCUUUUGCCCGUGGCUCCCUUCAUCUCCGCCCCGCGCCUGCAGAGAAGUUCCUCCUCGCGUCCAUCCACGUGCACAGGGUGUCAAAUGUCCUUUCGGAGAGGAAGCACAAAGUCCACGUGAGACUCGGCGCGGAGGACCAGUUCACAGAGGUCGGGGAGGCCCCGCCUGAGCUGGUCCAUCAGAUUGCAGACGAUGUGCUUCUGGAGCUCGCUCGGAAACUGUGUGGGAAGCUGCCACUGGCGGACUUCUCGGAUGUCCUCGGGGUCCCCGUGGACCACGCUCGAGACUUUGCUCGGGAGGUGGAGCGCCGUCGCCGUAGCGGUGAGCUGGCCACACCCGGCCUGCAAGGCUGGGAUCGCAGUUGGUGCGAGCGCGCGCGCCAAGCUGCGCAGGACCGAGCGGCGAUCAGGAACCCACAUUUCGACCACGUUUGCCAUCUGCGAGCUAAGCCGACAGACCAACUGAUGAUCGAGCUUGUGGGAGAGGAUGGGUCCAGCACAGCGCGAUUCGAGGCAAACCUGGAUGCUGUGGUCCAAGGAGGCGGCUUUGCGGAGGGCCCCUUUCCACUCCGAUCCUCCGAUGGGGCGGAGUGCACACUCCACGGACACAUCCGGCUCAGGCGUUUGGAGGCUCAAGUUCGCCGCGACCGGGUGCAGGACAGGUUCAGUCAGAGAUGCUAA